AUGGCCCCCUCCAGACAGCUUCCGAGCAAGCACAAUCCGCUGCUGACAGAGGACAUCCCUCCUUAUGCCGACUUGGUGGCUCGCCGCCGGCUGGGCCAGACACAGUUGACGGCCAAGAUGGUCGCCGCUGGCGCUGCAGGCGAUGUCGACCCGUCGAGCCUUGGGGUCUUUGAUUACGCCCACCUCCGUGCGCCUCUGCCCAAGGGCAUCACUUCGGGCAUCUUCAAGUCGUCGCCCAACUCUUACUUCCUCAUGCGCCGCAGCGCCGACGGCUAUGUCUCCGCCACCGGCAUGUUCAAGGCCACAUUCCCUUAUGCCGAGUCGACAGAGGAGGAGGCUGAGCGCAAGUACAUCAAGUCGCUACCUACCACAAGCCCGGACGAGACGGCUGGAAACGUUUGGAUUCCGCCCCAGCAGGCUCUUGCCCUCGCCGCCGAGUACAACAUCGGCCCGUGGAUCAGCGCCCUCCUCGACGCAGACGAGAUUGCCGUUACCAAUGCCAGUGACAGCCCACCCAAGAAGAUUGUUGCGCCGCCCAAGUUCGAGCCUCGCGAAAGCACGGAAUUGGCCUCCCCGCCCGCCUCGAUUUCUCGCAGCACGCGCGCUCGCCGUUCCGCUAGUCCCUCGAAGAAGCGAGUCAUCGCAUCGCCGCGUAAGCGGUCGUCUAAAGCUGCUGCCGCGGCUGCCGUGGAUAUCCCCGCGCCUGUAACGGAGUCUGCUGGAGAGUUGGCAACACCCGCCCCAUCCACUGCCGCGGACGAUAUCGCCAUCGAAACAACCGAGAAGGAGCCGGCUGUGGUGCUCGCACCUAUGGAGGAAGAACCCAAGGUCCAGGUCAAGGUAGACCAGGAUGUCAAGAUCUUCCGAGGUGUCGAGACGACGCACACGACUAUUGAGAUCGACCUGCCGGUCUCCGAGCAGCCCAGUCCCGAAGAUGCCAAGAAGAUGAUUGAAGAGGCCAAGGCGAUGGUCGCGGCGGCGGCCGCCGAAGCAGCGGCCUCGUCCACCCCCAUCACCAAGACAAAGAGGAAGGCUGAGGAUAUCUCCACAGCACCGGAGGAAGAGGGCGCCGACAUGGCUGCGUCUGAUGCGCCGACCGACCGAAGAUCCAAGAAGGUCAAGACCGAGGUACAGCUUCGCAAGGAGCGUGUGAGGAACCGGGCUUUGGUUGGUCUUAGUGCCACUUUGGCUAUUGGGUACGUGAUCUCCUUUCGCUGCACGACUGUGCUGCUUGAUCUUCGUAUGACUGACCAUCCUGGAUAG